ACGGAAGCCACCGUGGGUCAAAAAACACCGGAGCAAAACACCCUGCAAGCAGGGACUGAGGACUCAUAGUUAGAGGCGGCAGAGCUAUGGAAGACGACGCGCCGGUGAUUUAUGGGCUGGAGUUCCAGGCACGUGCUUUGACACCUCAGACAGCAGAGACGGAUGCAAUACGAUUUUUGGUUGGGACGCAGUCUCUGAAAUAUGAUAACCAGAUUCACAUCAUAGAUUUUGAUGAUGAAAAUAACAUUAUAAACAAAAAUGUUCUCCUCCAUCAAGUGGGUGAAAUUUGGCAAAUCAGUGCCAGUCCUGCAGAUAAAGGUGUGCUGGCAACCUGCUACAAUAGAACUUCAGACAGUAAAGUCAUGACAUGUGCGGCUGUUUGGAGGAUGCCGAAGGAAUUGGAAUCAGGCAGUCAUGAAUCCCCUGAUGAUUCAUCAAGCAACACUCAAACCCUGGAGCUACUCUGUCACCUUGACAACACAGCCCGUGGCAAUAUGGCCUGUGUUAUGUGGGAGCCAAUGGGAGAUGGUAAAAAGCUUAUUUCACUGGCUGAUAAUCACUUAUUAUUGUGGGAUUUGCAAGAAAGCUCAAGCAAGGCAGUGCUCUCUAAUUCUGCUGCAUUGGAAGGGAAAGGGCAGUUAAAAUUUACUUCUGGACGAUGGAGCCCACAUCACAAUUGCACACAAGUUGCAACAGCCAAUGACACUACUAUUCGAGGAUGGGAUACACGAAGCAUGAGACAGAUAUAUUGCAUAGAAAAUGCACAUGGACAGCUGGUACGGGACCUAGAUUUUAAUCCCAAUAAACAGUACUACCUGGCUAGUUGUGGCGAUGACUGCAAGGUGAAAUUCUGGGACACUAGGAACAUCAAUGAGCCAGUGAAGACACUAGAGGAGCAUUCCCACUGGGUAUGGAAUGUCCGCUACAAUCAUUCUCAUGAUCAGUUAGUCCUUACUGGCAGCAGUGAUAGCAGAGUCAUAUUGUCUAACAUGGUAUCAAUUUCUUCCGAACCCUUUGGACACCUGGUAGAUGAUGAUGAACUUAGCGACCAAGAGGACCACCAUCAGGAAGAGAAGACUAAAGAGCCCCUUCAAGACAGCAUAAUAGCUACUUACGAAGAACAUGAAGACAGUGUAUAUGCGGUGGAAUGGUCCUCAGCAGACCCAUGGCUGUUUGCCUCUUUAAGUUAUGAUGGGAGACUUGUUAUUAACAGAGUACCCAGAACACUUAAAUAUCAUAUAUUGUUAUAAUUUGUGUGGAUUAUCGUUAAUUAUUAAUUUGGCAUUCCUUUCAAAAGGUUUGACAUUUGUUGUUGAUUGUUCAGUUUUAGGAGUUUAGUACUCUUUGUUUGAAAGUGAACAUUUACAUUUUUUUUUUUUUUUUUAAUGUUUGGAAUAGCGGUGAUAUAUUUUCCUCAAGUUGUGCUACUGUUUUUUUUUUUAAAUAUAAUAAGUUUAAUAAGGAAAUUGUGAACAGUUGAUUGUUAUUAAAAGAUAUUGUUUUUGAUGCAUGGAGCUUUCUAUACCAUUGCUUUAUUUCAGUCUUACACCUGAUUUCAGUGGAGUUUCUCUUGAACCCACAUAACUGGACUGAAGAACCAGUGCAUAAGGCCAAAGGGGUCUGUUUAUUUAUAAGAAUGUUUAAACUUUCUUCUUUUUUACAUAAGCAGCCUUGUAUUCUUAACUUGGACCACAUUCUGUUAACUAUUCUGGCUGAUUCUUUAACGAUCAUAAAUACAGCUGGGAGAGGUCUAAAAAGCUUUCUGAAUUUAUUCCAUUUUAAACCAUUCUUCUUCCUUCUCUAUGUAUCCUACCAAAAAUGUUAAGGCUGAGGGUGAAGUCAUGCAGACAGCUACAAUCUAUUACUUCCUUUUCAUUCAGAUUGCUAGUACAAAAAGCCCUAUGAAAAAUAUUUUGCAGAUGAAUCCAAUAGAAACGUGAACAGCGUACCACACUGUAACUUGUUAAUUAAAUAUACUGUUAUAUAAUAUUUUUGUGUUGCAUGUUAUGAGUGAUGAUUUUGCUUUUUAUCAAGAGCUAUGAUGUAUGUUCUUCUGUAAAACAUCACAGUAUAUACGUAUAAGCCGACUGUCUUGUUUUUUGUACCGAGAGUCAUAGCAACUAUGCCAUUGUUAACUUGAAAGUCUUCCAUGACUACAACUCUGUCAGUUGUAUUUGUCUCAGUGUUAAUCCCCUGUAUGUAUACAUGAUGUAACAGGCUUUUGCCAAAUCCCCAUGACAUUUUGGCACCAGGAGGAGGUAGCACUAUCAUUGGCCUGUUACAAAUAUUGAAGAUUGCUUCAUGGGAACAUCUAUCUGAGUGCAUAAGACAUUUGAAAUCUAGAUGGUGAGCACGUAAAGUAAGACUAUACCUAUUGACCCCCUCAAAUAGCUAUUAUACUGUUCACUUGGCUACCUGCUGUAUUUAGGUACUUAGACCAGGACUUAGAAGUUUUUUAUGCCCCUCUCUGCCUCCAGGUGCUUUUGUUUCUGGCUAACUUCUGUACCUCAGGGAUGUAGGAAACUGCUUUGGUGAUGGUAA